AUGUCGGACUCGAGCGCAAUAAGUGAUUUUCAAGUUUCUGAUAGUGAUAAUGCUAGCGUUGUAACAUCCUCGAGUAAUUUCACGGAUAGUGGAGAUGAAUCAGUGGUAACUGGUGUCAUUCUUGGCUACCAGUUCGAGCCCGUUGUUGAAGGCAGUUUUGAGGAUAUGGAAGAAGGCGAGGAUGUUGAUGACGAGGAAGAGGAAGAUAGAUUCUGGCGACUUCGUAUGGAGGAGCAAAACUGGUGCAUAUGUGGUGACAAAUGUGAGGUGCAAGAUGUCCCAAUAGAAAAUGCCUGUUGCCAUGAAAAGGAACCAAUUUUGAGGAAAAUUGAGGCGUACAACGAGGAACAUGGCGGAAACAUUCGGUGCAUCACCGAACAUCCCGGGUUCCAGUCCAAUUGCCUUGAUGUGUGGGUGCUACAGACUGCCUACUCCCAUUACAAGCAGCAAUAUCGGGCGGCAGUAGAUGGAGAAACAAAUGAGUACGUGAUACUUGUAUUUCAUUCAAUAUUGAUAAUAUAUUUUCAUUCCUAA